AUUGGUGAAAUGGACUCAACUGGCUCCGUCUCAGCAGUAGAAUCAGCUCUCGACCGCCUGGCCAAACAAAGAAACGACCUGGAGGAGCUCUGGGCCGCAAGGAAACUCCGUCUCGACCUGUGCCUAAGGUUGCGCCUCUUCGAAAGGGACGCCCUCGAAGUCUCCUCUCAACUGGAAAUGUGGUCAGAGGAACUGCAACACAGCGAACUGACCAGAGACAUCGCCAAAGCCGAACAAUUCUUACGCCUCCACAAUGAGAGCGUCAGCCAGAUGCAGAACACCACGUACCAGGUCCUGCAACAAGGGCAGGAACUAGUGCAAGUGUUUGAGAAUUCCGGCAUCUGCGUCAUGGCCGACGCCCAAUACAACGCCCAGACUAGAGUUCAGGUGCUUUUAGAAUUCCUUCACGACAGGGAGAUGGACCUGGAGGACCUGGCCGAAGUGAAGAGAGUGAAAUUGGAACAGUGCAUACAGUUGGGGCAGUUCCAGAAUGACGCCAAUCAAGUCAUAAGUUGGAUUAGGAAUGGGGAGUCGAUGCUGAUGGCCAGUUUUACCAUACCCAAUAGCUUGGCGGACGCCGAGCUGCUGAAGAAGGAGCACGAGCAGUUCCAAGUUGCCAUAGAGAAGACGCAUACCUCUGCGGUACAAGUCAAACAUCGAGCUGACGCCCUUAUCAACGGCAACCACUACGACCCUCAGAGCAUCAGGGACAUCUCCGAAGAGGUCACCAAGAGAUGGCAACAACUCGUAACUUGCGCGGAAGAAAGACAUAAACUCGUAACGGCCAGCUUGAACUUCUACAAGACAGCGGAACAAGUUUGUUCUGUCUUAGACAGCCUAGAAAGAGAAUAUAGAAGAGAUGAGGACUGGUGUUCUACCGGACAGCAGAACGUCGAUAAGGCAACCGCGAUCUCCCAGUUGAUAAAUAAACACCAGGAACAGAAGGAGGCCUUCUUGAAGGCCUGUACUCUUGCCAGGAGGACUGCCGAGACCUUCUUGAAGUACACCACCAGGAGUUUGCAGUUCUACAAUUAUCCCAACACGAGCAGUAACCACGAGACGAGGGUGAAAGGGAUUUUGGAGAAACUGUUGAGCCAGGAGAACAAGGUCUUGGAACACUGGACUCAGAGGAAGAAGAGGUUGGACCAGUGCCAGCAGUUUGUUUUGUUUGAAAGAUCCGCAAAGCAGGCUAUAGAGUGGAUUCAUGAAACAGGCGAAUGUUAUCUCACCACCCACGCAACGAACCUCGGCAACAACAUAGAAGAGACGGAAAGCCUGCUUCGAGAACACAACGAAUUCAAAGCCACUGCCAAGGAAACCAGGGAACGAGUCAAGCUACUCAUCCAACUGGCCGACAGUUUGGUCGAGAAGGGUCACGCCCACGCCUGUUCCAUCAAGCAGUGGGUGGCGGCGGUGGACAACAGAUACAAGGAUUUCAGUUCCCGUAUGGAACAAUACAGGCAACAGCUGGAGGAGACGCUCGGUAUACAGGAAGAGGAGAGCGAGAAGAAGGAGUUGUCCAUCGAUAGGAAUUCGGACCCCAGUUUGGAGGCGAAGGUGAAAGAAGCUGCCGCCAAGGAGCUCAAGGAGUUGAACGAAGAAAAGAGGAGGUCUGCUAGAAGAAAAGAAUUUAUAAUGGCUGAACUGCUCCAGACCGAAAGGACCUACGUCAAGGACCUAGAGACCUGCAUAAACUCCUUCCUACAGGAGAUGAGGACGUCCACCUGCCCGACAGCCCUGCAAGGCAAAGAGGACGUCAUCUUCGGCAACAUGGAGGAGAUCUACAACUUCCACAACUCCAUCUUCCUGAAGGAGCUGGAGAAGUACGAGACGAUGCCCGAAGACGUGGGCCAUUGCUUCGUGACGUGGGCUCAGAAGUUCGACAUGUACGUGCACUACUGCAAGAACAAGCCCGAGUCGAACAGCCUCCUGGUGCAGCACGGCGGGAAUUAUUACGAGGAACUGCAGAAGAAGCACAAGGUGGAGCACCCCAUCGCCGCCUAUCUGAUAAAGCCCGUGCAGAGGAUCACCAAGUACCAGCUGCUGUUGAAGGACCUGCAGAGCUGCUGUCAGGAGGGUCAGGGCGAAAUUAAGGAUGGACUGGAGGUGAUGCUGAACGUUCCGAAAAAGGCGAACGACGCCAUGCACUUGUCUCUACUCGAGGGUUGUGACGUAUCUUCGGAUAAAUUGGGUGAGGUCGUCUUGCAAGACGCUUUCAGUGUUUGGGAUCCCAAACAACUCAUUAGAAAGGGCAGGGAUAGGCAUAUUUUUCUCUUCGAGAUGUACCUUUUGUUUACCAAAGAAGUGAAAGAUUCCGCCGGCAAAGUCAAGUACAUCUACAAGAAUAAGUUGAUGACCUCGGAAUUGGGGGUAACAGAACACAUGGAGGGGGACGAGUGCAAGUUCGCGGUGUGGACUGGUAGGGCCCCCAUCUCCGACUACCGGAUCGUGCUGAGGGCCUCGUCCCUCGACACCAAACAACUGUGGGUGAAGAAACUCAGGGAAGUCAUUCAGGAAACUUACUUCAGUGGGGCCCUGCCCCUGUCUCUACCCAAGAGCCCCGCCAAGCUCAAACCCCAAAGCCAGAGAUCCAGCAGGGAUAUGGAGGAAUGCAACUCGUUAGACGAAAGUGUAGAAAAUUUGGAUCGUAACUCGCUUGCCUCGUUUGGUUCAGGCAACACCACUGAUUCUGAUAAGGCUGGAGUAUUGGAGAUGACCUGGGUGAUGAGCGACUUCACAGCCACCAACCCCUCCGAGUUGAGCGUCACAAAGGGCCAGCAGGUGGAGGUGGUGGAAGUGUGUUCUUCGAAGCCAGACUACUGCCUAGUGAGAAUGCCCACCAGGGGUACCGACCACGACGCCGCUGCCGUGCCCGAGGGUUUGGUGCCCCUGUCGGUGCUGAAGCAGCCGCCCGCUCCGAGGGGUUCGCCCUCGAGGAGGCCGCCCCCACCGGACCACGAUAUCGACACAGCCGCAGCCGCCACAGCGUCAGUGAACGACAACCCGGCAACCGUCAAUACCUCGUCCCCGGUCAACAAAAGAAGGGGAUUCAGCGGGCGGAAAUGGCUGCCGCCGCCGCUGCGGAAGCUGUCACAGGGCAAAGUGGAUAAAACACAGGCCGCGCCGCCGCCGCUCAAGAAGACCGGCUCCGACAAGAGGAUCAAGGUACCGUCCGAUAUGGGCAACAAGCCCUCGGUGUCGGAGGGCGAGGAAGACGAAGACAGACCCCCGCUGUCGCUGAAGGGCGCCAAGUCCCUAGGUGCGGAAUUAGCCAACGGGGGCGAGGACGCGGAUGAGGAAUUGGAACUACCGCCGCCCAUGAAACCCAUCCAGGAGCCCAUCCUAGUCACGUCGCCGCCCCCCGGAGUUCCCGGAGUGCCCGAUAUCGAAGAAAAUCCGUGCAAGAGGGAACAACACUCCGAGAACCAAGAACGCAACUCCCUGAUGCGCGACGCCAAGUCGGAGAACGCCAUCUCCGAGUACGGGGACAACUCCAACGCCCACCGGGAACUGUCGGCGCAGUGCUCCUCCAACGAGGCGACCGCGCUCGCGUUUAGUGGCGACGAAAGUGACAAACCGUCGGAGGACAUUGUGGACAGUGCUAAAAAGACGGAGAUCCUGCUGAAGAAGAGACAGUACGUGCUGCAAGAGCUCAUCGAUACGGAAGAGGCGUACGUGCGCGACCUCUCGAUGAUAGUGGACGGGUACAUCGCCGCGAUAAGGGAUCCCGACUGCGACAUAGUCAUGCCGGAGGACCUGAAGGACGGCAAGGAUAAGCUGGUGUUCGGGAAUAUCGAGGUCAUAUACGACUGGCAUAAAAACUUCUUCCUAAAAUCGCUGAAGCAAGCAGUAGAGAACCCGGUACAGCUGGCUUCGCUGUUCAAACGGUACGAGCGAAAGCUGCAAAUGUACAUCAUCUACUGCAAGAACAAGCACGUGUCGGAGUACGUCGUCUCCGAGUACCUCGAGACCUACUUCGAAGACCUGAGGGUGAAACUUGGACAGAAGCUUCAGCUGUGCGACCUUCUCAUAAAGCCCGUCCAGAGGAUAAUGAAGUACCAGCUGAUGCUCAAGGACAUCCUAAAAUAUACGGAAAGGGCCGGUUUGACGGCCGAAAUCGAACCACUCAGGGCAGCUUACAAGAUAAUGGUUGUCGUACCGAAAACGGCCAAUGAUAUGAUGGAUGUGGGUAGACUGCAAGGAUUCGAGGGUAAAAUAACAGCGCAAGGAAAGUUACUGUUUCAUGGUAUCUUAACGGUAUCCGACUACGGUCAGACCUCGGUGGUGGGGAAGAACAAAGAUCUGCACGUGUUUUUCUUUGAACAAAGCAUAAUAUUUUCCGAAGUAGUCGGGAAGAAGACGCAGUUCACUAGUCCGCAAUACAUCUACAAAGCUCACCUACAAGUAAACAAAAUGAAUCUGAAAACCGAAGAAGACUGCUUUAUCCUGGAAUCGACCGAUCCCAAAAACACGAAUCUGGGCUUCACGUGCCAAGCGGCCACCGACGAGCUGCAGGAGCAGUGGCUGAUGACGAUCCGCGACAUCCUACAGACGCAGAGGGACUUCCUCAAGGCCAUCCAGAGUCCGAUAGCGUACCAGAAAGAGCUGACGAAAGAGGCUUCCCUAUCCGACAUAUCAAUGUGGGACACAACGGCCCUCAGAAAAGCCAUCCCACCGGUAGACCCAUCCGAAUCCAACAAACAAACCCAAAGAAAGCACACUCAUUACAUUCACAAGGCGAAUACCAUCGGUAUCCCUUCUGAAAGCGAGCUAAGCGAAGGUAGCGAUACCAGGGUCAAUCACAGACCCAGGAGAAACAUCUUCGGGGGCCUGAAAAACACGCUGAGGAAUAAACACAAAAGCGACACCGUCAUGCUGGAUGCCGGUAAGGACGGGGACAAGAACGACUUGCAUCGAAGGUGGUCGGAAAACGCCCAACCUACGUGCGACAUUCACGUAAUGGCCCCGGGCACCCAAGCUCGCCUAGUCUGUGAAUGGCCAGACCUAAACUUGGGGGAAAUAGUAACGAUCGUCCGUUACGACGCCACGCAAGGCUACCUUGUCCGCAUCAACGCUACCCUGGAGGAGAUGUGGGUACCGGCCCACGUAUUAUCCAAUUACAACCGUAAACCCUGGUCGUUCAGGUUCAGGAAAAACAGCAGACGUCUCAUCGACAACACCACCAUACAAGAAAACUCCUCGUCCGAGGGUGCCUUACCGGAAUUCCGCGACAGGCUCAAGGACAUAACGGUUCAAAGCGGCACAAAGGUAGUUUUAAAAUGCAAGGUGAAGAACUGCGGGCAAGUCGUGAAGCAGAAUUGGAAAAAGUUGGAGCCGAAUCUGUGCAUUUUGAGGAACGGGAAGUUCCUGGAAGGAGAGGGAGACGAAGGGGUGGCGAUUUUGAGCAUAGAGAACGUUAAAGUAUCGGAUUCCGGUACCUACUCGUUUACCAUCACCAACGAGUUUGGCUCGGUGUCCUGUUCCGCCGUCCUAACGGUUACCAAUAACUACCCACCCCUGCCGGAGCCUAAGAUUCAGGUUAUCUCCUGCACCAGCGUCUUGCUCGAAUGGGAGAGCGAGAGUUACACCCAAUUCGUGGUCGAGUACUGCAGGCUCGGAACGGGCGAAUGGAUAUCGCCCAACAACAGCCACCCGGUGAACAGCCAAUCGUUCACCGUAGAAAACUUGAUCCCGGGCGAGACCUACAGCUUCAGGAUAAUGGCGACGCAGAAUAAGAUCGUUAGCUUGCCGAGCGUUGCGGUAACGCUGCCCCUGGCGGAUAACCUGAGGUGGCAGCAGGAGCAGUUCAAGAGGAGGUACAUCGAACUCGAGGAGAUCGACAGGGGGAGGUUUUCCGUGGUUCGUUUGGCAAGAGACAGGGGUACCGGUGUGGAGGUGGCCUUGAAGCAAGUGACGAGAAGGAAACAACCGCAUCACGUUACCCAAGCGGAGUACUCUCUGUUGGCGGGGAUGCAGCACGUUAAUGUUAUUAGGUCUUUGGCUUUGUUCGAUAACGCGCCGUUGCCAGGGAUCGAUACCAUCGUCUUAGAGCUUGUGAAAGGGCCACUUCUGUUCAAAUAUAUUUGUGAGAAGGACCAAUACAACGAAGCAGACGUAAGAGCUUACAGUCGUCAGUUGAUGUCAGCCUUACACUGGUUACACCAAUACAAUAUUGCGCAUCUCGAUGUGAAGCCCGAAAACGUGAUGGUCGACCUAUCCCCGCCCGCCCCUCUUCUAAAACUCGUCGACUUCGGCGACUCGGUGAACACCUCGAAGAACGUCAUCUUACCGCCGGCCUGCCUAGAAUUCGCCUCCCCCGAACUGGUCCUGGGCCAGCCCGUAGGGAAACACACCGACUACUGGGCGGCGGGUGUAUUCCUCUACGUCCUACUCAGCGGGGUUUCCCCUUUCCUCGACGACUCGAUGGAAGAAACCACCGCCAACAUCCUCAAAUGCGAUUACUGUUUUCCCGACGAGUAUUUCCAAGGUAUUUCCGGCGAGGCCAAGGAACUGAUCGGCAAGAUGCUGGUUUUGGUGCCGUCGCAGAGGAUGGAUAUGGACCGCUGCCUGGACUCCGUGUGGAUGAAGAAGGAAGACUCCUCCGUCGUCAUCCCAUCGUCCCGUCUGAAAACCUUCAUGCAACGCAGACACCCCAUGAACGUCGCCACAAGCCCGACUAGUCCCGUUUACUACAACGAACACAUGUUUUAACCGACUCCCGUUUUGAGUGUAUCGUGUCUUACGCUGUAUACUGUUUAGUAUGUGAUAUUUGUACAUGUUAGUUUUAUAAAACGUAACAAAGAUUUGUUUUAGAGACGUAGCAUAUCGUAGUUUUUUUUUCCAUUUCAGUUCAUCGCCUAAUGUUAGAUUACGUGACGAGCACUGUACAUUUUAUUAUUUAACACGUGUGACUGUUAACUUAUUGUAGUUAUAUUACGGAUUUGUAAAUAUGGACAUUAAAAGUAUUUUAUUAAA